AUGUCAUCUUAUUCCUCUCGUAAUAAUCGUUAUUAUGAUUCAAUACGUCAAUCACAUGGAAAUAAUCCUCGAUCACAAUCGAGUAAUCCUGUUGAUGAUGAAAAUAUGGAAGGAAUGUCUGACGAUUUACAAAAAAUCUUUGAUGAUGAUUCAAAAUGUGCACGUUUAUUAAAAAAAGUUAUACGUGAUGAACGAUCAUUUGAUUUACGUAUUCAACGUAUUCAAGAAUUUCAAGCCUAUCUUGAAAAACCUGAUAGUAGCAAAUUUAUUAUGAAAUUAGCUGAACCAGCACUCAAUGUAUUAUUCGAACAAUUUCAAGAAAGAUCUCAUGAAACUAUUCGAUCUGAACUUGUUCAUUGUAUUGGAUUAAUAGGUUAUGUUAUGUUAAAUGAAGGCGAACCAAAAUUUGCUGAAUGGAUAUUUGAACGUUUAAAUGAUGUACGAAAAAAUGAUAUACAAAAACAAUUACUUAUCAGUGCAUUUCGUGAUAGUAUGCAAAAUGAACAUGAUAUAUUAUGUUUAACUGAUCAUAUACAACAUAUAAGUGAACAAUUAAAAAAAAUUCUUGAAUCAGUUGUUCAUGCACCAUUAAUGAUUGUUAUUACGGAUACAAUUAUUGAUCUUUCAAGAAUUUAUCCUCAAGUAUUUCAAGAAAUUUUUCUUGAUAUUGUGGAUAUUCUUAUCGGUUGGUAUAUUGAACCAUUACCAACUGAUCGUAUUCUUGAAUAUACAGCUCAAGCAUUACAUAAAUUUCGUCCAUUUUGGAUUGAACAAAUUGAUUCAACAUUAACUUUAUUAGAUCAUUUUAUUGAAGAUGCUGAUAAUUAUGCUCAACAAUUUGACAAUCAGGAACAAAAUAAUGAUGAUAAUAUAAGUUCACUUACAGACAAAAUUGCUGCUUUAUAUAGAGCUUUUGCUACUGUUCUUCGUGCACUUUCCGAUAAUUUUGCCUCAACACCAACAUUACUUCCUAUUGAUUAUGUUGAUAAUUGGUUACAAAAAAUUUUACAUACAACAACUAUAAUAAAACAAGAUAAAUUAUUUGGUAUUUUAGCUAAAUAUGCUAAUAUAGCUGUUUGUACAUUAUUAGAAACAUUUUCACAAUUUGAUGAACAAGUUCAAAAAGAUGUAUUUGAUUUUAUUAUUCAACAAAUACAUCUUCAAAAACAACAAUGGCCAUAUGAAGCAGAUAUUAAUUUAUUGCGUUUAAUUAUGAAAGUUAUUGAUUUAGCUAAUCAUGAUUCAUGUGCAAUAUUAGCUAAUUCAAUAUUUGCACUAAAUUCACGUAUAUGGCUUUAUCGAUUUUUAUAUUCAAAUUCACUUAUUCAAGAUGUUUUACAAUUAUUUAAUCGUCUUUUAACAAUAAAAAGUAUUCCUGUUGUUCAACAAGUUUAUCAAGCUAUUUUAGCUGAUAUGACAUCAAAUUUUAAUGUACUUUUAAAUGUUCUUCAACAAAAAUCAAUUAUUAUUGGUAAUGGAUCAUUAUUAACAAGUGAUUUAAAUGAAGAUGAUGCAGAAGCAGCACUGAUUUUUGAUUGUAGUGCUUUAUGUCAAAUUGGAAAUGUAAAAGGAAAUUUAAUUGGAAUGUAUGCACUUUCUCCGCCACUUUUUGAAUUACUUGCUAAACAUCUUCAAUUAACAAAUUCCAAAUUAGCUCAACAAUAUCCAGCUGUUCAUUAUGGUGUACUUAAAACACUUUAUUCCCAUUGUGCAGCACAUGAACAUUUUAUUCAUAAUUCUGAUUUAUUUAAACAAAAUGAUACAAAUAAUGUAAUGAGUUUAACAAGUUUAACAAAAGAUAAUUUUGAAGAUUUACUUAAACUUCAUCAUCGUCUUAUUGUUAAUAGUCAUCUUAGUUGUCAUGAUACAAAAAAAUUAGUAUUAAAUUGGCUUGCUGAAAUUAUUGAUGCACUACCACAAGAAGAUAAUGGUUUACUUACUUUACCACUUUUACUUAAACUAUCUCAUGCUAUUAUUGAUAUAGCUUAUUCGGAUGAAGAAGAAAUUUGUAAUUUAUGUUGUCGUUUAUUAAAUAAAAUUGUUAAAAGACAACGUGAUCUGGAUGUAUCAUUCUUAGUUCGUCUAUUUGAUUUAUGUCGAUUUUGGUUACAAUCUAAUGAAACAUCAAUUCAUGAUAGUUAUUAUGCUAUUUUAUGUUGUUUACCUGUUAAUAUUUUAACUAGUAAAUUUCCAACACAUGGUACAUUAUUAUCAUCAAAAAAUGAUUAUUCUGGUUUUGCCAGUAUUGUUAAACGAAAUCAUAUGAAUACGCCAUAUUUAGGAACAUUUACAACACAUUGUUUUAAUUUAAUAUUAGGUUAUAUACUUGUUAAUCAUCAAAUGCCACGAAUGUAUGCAACUACAUGGCUUGAACGUUUAUUUCAAUCAUGUCAACGUAAAAGUAAUAAUGGAUGCUCAAAAGAAGAAUAUUUAUCUGAAGAUCAUCAUCGUUUAUUAAGUUAUGAACAAUUACCAAAUUUUGGAAAUGAUGCAUUGAUAUGGUUUUGGGCUAUAUGGGAAUGUGCACAAUUUUGUGUUAUGAAUAAAUUAAAAACAUCACUUGGAAAACCACAAGAAACAUUUCUAGCACUAGAAGAAACUUUACGUUUUUUUGCUUGGCCAAUUGAUAAUAAUACGAAAAAACUAGAAACAUCUUCAUCAGAACAAACAAAUCGUUCUUCAACACCAUCAUCAACAAUAAAUCCUCCAUUAACAUCAUCAUCAUCAAGUGAAAUCAAUAUUUCAAUAGAUAAAGGUGAUUGGUGGUGUGAUUUACAUCGUUGUGGUCUUUUAUUACAAUUAAUUGAAGCACUUGAAAAAUGUAUGUACAAUGCAUAUGAAGGAGCAGCUCUGUCACUUCCACAAUUACCUAAGACUGUGAAAUUUUUUUUUAUUACAAAUAAAUCAACAUGUUUUGAAUGGCUUAAUCGUAUUCGUAUACCAAUUAUUUUAACAGCUGUACGAAGUGGACAAUAUGAAUCAGCUGUACGAAAUUGUAAUCAAUAUUUAAUGCAUGUUUGUUCAUUAGGUCAAGCUGAGGCAAUAGAAUUUGAAUUUGUAAUAAUAUCAUUUGUUCAAUCACUUAUUAAACUUCAUAAUAGUAUGGCUAUUCAUGGAAUUUAUAUAUGGUUAAAAAAUAUUCAUCAACUUGAUUGGUCAUGGAUACGAGCAUGUGAACAUGAAGCUGCUGGCAAUCUAGAACAAGCAGCUUAUGAAUAUAAAUUAUUAUUAAAUGAACAUUUUAAAAAUCUUUCAAUAUCAAAUGAAACAAAAGAUGAUAAAAUAUCAAAUGGACUUGUAAAAUUUUUAACACAAAAAGUUUAUGAUUGUUAUUUAAGUCUUCAUCAAUGGCCUGAAUUAAUUGCAUGGAAUGAUGCAUGUAUUAAAAUGCAAAUGGCUUUUUUACAAGAUGAUAAUGAUGAUUUACGUAAAGCUAUGGAAACAACUAUUGAUAUAAACGCUAUUCGAGCAAUGAGUUGUUUUGAAAAUCGAGAUUUUGAAGGUUUAAAAGUAGCUAUGAGAAAAAUGCCAAAUUCUCAAGCAACUGGUGAAGACCUUGGUCGAAGUAUUUCUUGUGGUUGGGAUAUGGAAGCAUUUGAUAUGUUAGCAACUGUUGAAACAUUAAAAGGAGUAUCAAAACGAAGAUCGGGCCUUUGGUCACUCAAUGCAGUACUUCAAUUAACACAAGAUUUAACACGAAUUCAUAAUGUUGAUGAACAUGCAUCAUGGUCAGAAGAAAGAGCAGCUAUUAGUCAAGUUGCAGCUUUAUAUCAAAGUGAAAAUCGUGAAGUUCCACUUUUACCAGGUCAAAAAUUUGCACCUGUUCAACAUGGUGUACGAGCAUUGAAUUCUAUUCUUCUUUACAGUCAAUCAAGUUUUAAUAAUCAAAGUGCAUCAUCAGCUCUAAAUUCUAAUUGGACAGCUCUUCGAAUGGGUGCAGCACGAUUAGCACGUCAACAAAAUAAUUUUACAUUAGCUUCAAAAUUACUUAUUCAACAAUUUCAAUCAACUCAUACAUGGUCAACAGGUCCAUCAACAUCACAAUCUAGUAAUACAUCAUUAGGAUCACCAUUACGUUCAUUUCAUUCUGAUAUAUCAUCAAUUGAAACUUAUUCACUUGCUUCACUUUUAACAAUGAUUGAACGUUAUCAAAAUACUCAUAUGGUUUCUAUUGAACUUGAAACAGAAACAGGAAAAUUAAUGCAUGCUCUAUCAUUAAAUAAAGCUAAUAAUGUAAAUAUAACAAUAGCUAUUGAAUUUCUUUCACGUUCUAUUUUACGACAUUUAAUUAAUGAAAGUCAAAUUAAUCCUUCGUAUAACAAUCAACGUUCAUUAAUUAAUAUUGAAAAAUGUUCAAGAAAUUUAUUACAUAUUGCUAAAUGGUCACGUAGUGCAAUUGAAAGUAAUCAUGAAACAACAACAACAAAUGUUAUGUCACUUGGAAAAUUAUUUCAAUUACGAAAACAAUAUCUUCUUACUGGAAUUGGUAUUGAUAUUGCUGGAGAACCUUUUGUUCGAAAAAAUAUUCCUCUUGAUGAAUUAUUAAUUGGAGAAUUAUUAGAUUUUUCAACAUUAACUUGUCCAACUUUAGCUAAAUCAUGGUUUAGAUUUGCUGAUUGGGCUUAUACUUGGGGUAGACAAUUACUUGCUCGAUCUAUACCAUUAUCUUCAUUGGAUAUGGGACAACAAGUUCGUACAAUUCUUCCAGCGGAAGUUUCAUCCGAUGAAAUAACUGAAGUAUCUCGUAUAUUAUCAUCAAUUCGAAUUUUAAAUGAUGAUGAUUCUGAACUUACUGCUUCUGAAUUAUCUUCACUUCAUUCAUAUCGUACUGAUUUAUCACGUACUUGUUCAUUACUUACAAAACAUCCAAUAUUAAUUGAACAAUUACUUGCAUUACAUCCACAAUUUGAUUUACGUCGUUAUUUUCUUUUAGAACAAUCUUGUCGUGCUUAUUUUACAUAUUUACAAUUAAGUAAUACAAAUACAUAUGGAAAUAUAAAUGAAAAAAAAUCUAAUAAUAAUGAUGAUGCAUCAAAUGUACUUGUUACAUUACGUUUAUUGCGUGUACUUGUACGUUAUCCUCAACAAUUACGUACAAUAUUUGAAACAAAUCUUAUUAAUAUGCCAACUGUUGCAUGGAAACGUCUUAUACCACAAUUAUUUUCUCGUUUAAAUCAUCCGGAUAGUUUUGUUCGAGAUUAUGUUACAAAUUUAUUAAUACGUAUAGCAAAAGAUUAUCCACAAUUAAUACUUUAUUCAGUUAUUGUUGGAAUAACUGAUGAUUCAAAAAUGAGACGAAUAAAAUCACGAGAUGAAAAUAUUUAUGAAAGAAAACGUUUAAGUACAAAUGAAUUAGAUGAUGAAAAAUCACAAGAUAAUAUUGAAGAUGAUGAUGAAGAAGAAGAUGAUGAUGAUGAUGACGUUGAUGAUGAAGAUGUUGAAGAAGAAGAUGAUGAUAUUGAACAACAAGAAAAUGUUAUAGCUAUGCAAAAUAGUUUUAGAUUAAUUUAUAAUGUACUUUCGGAAACAAAUGCACAUGUUGUUGGACAAGUUAAAUUAUUUGUACAUGAAUUACGACGUGUUACUGUUCUAUGGGAUGAACUUUGGUUAGGAACAAUGGCACAACUUCAAGAAGAAAUUAGUCGACGUGUUGAUGUCCUUAAAGAUGAACUUCAGCGUCUUGAAUCUAUGACACAUUUAACAAAGGAAGAAAAAGAAUUUCUAAUUAAAGAAAAACAAGAUGUUUUAUUUAAAUCUUUUAUAACCGUUCUUGAAGCAGUUAGUCAAAUAACUCGUUCACCUGCUGAAACACCACGUGAACAAACAUUUCAAAAAGAUUAUAGUAAACAAAUUGAUGCAGCUAUUGAACAAUUAAAACAACCUAUUAUAUUAUCUAAUCCACAUUCAUGUUGGUUACAACUUCGACAGCUUUAUUCAAUGUUACAUCGUACUGGUAAACGAUCAGGUACAAUUCAUGCUAUGAAUCAAAUAAGUCCAAAAUUAGCACAAAUUAAACAUAGUGUUAUACCAAUUCCAGGCGAAGAUGGACAGUUUCAUACAAUUCAUAGUGUUGGUCAAACUGUUCAAGUAUUACCAACAAAAACUCGUCCAAAAAAAUUAAUGUUUGUUGGAUCAAAUGGUCGUCGUUAUCAAUAUUUAUUAAAAGGUCUUGAAGAUCUUCAUUUAGAUGAACGUAUUAUGCAAUUAUUAUCAAUAAUAAAUGUUAUGUUUACAAAAAUAAAUCGUAAUGAACCAUGGUCAUAUGAAGCUAGAAAUUAUACUGUUAUACCACUUGCAUCAAGAAGUGGUUUAAUACAAUGGGUUGAAGGUGCAACACCAUUAUUUACACUUUAUAAACGAUGGCAACAACGACAAGCAACAGCACAAACUUGGAAAGCUCAAAAUGAAAAUCAAGAAAUUACUUUAGCUACAGUACAAAAACCAAAUGAUGUUUAUUAUUCAAAAUUAAAUGCUAUAUUAAAAGAAAAAGGUAAACAACCUGUAGAAGAUCGACGUGAAGUACCAAUGCCAAUAUUACGUCAAUGUAUUGAAGAAUUAAUACGUGAAACACCAGCAGAUCUUUUAUCACGUGAACUUUGGUGUAGUUGUCCAAGUGUUGGUUUAUGGUAUAAAAAUGUUCAAAAUUAUAGUCGUUCAUUAGCUGUAACAUCAAUGAUUGGAUAUAUGAUUGGUUUAGGUGAUCGUCAUCUUGAUAAUGUUCUUGUUGAUUUAAAAUCUGGUCAAAUAAUUCAUAUUGAUUAUAAUAUUUGUUUUGAAAAAGGUAAAAAAUUACGUGUACCAGAAAAAGUUCCAUAUCGUUUAACACAAAAUUUACAAAAUGCACUUGGUACUGCUGGAAUUGAAGGUGUUUUUUCAUUAUCAUCAGAAAAUGUUCUUCAAAUAUUACGUAAUAGAAAAGAAAUUUUACUUAAUUUACUUGAAUCAUUUAUUUAUGAUCCAUUAAUUGAUUGGACUGGUCAUGAUACAGGUGUACUUGCAGCAUUUUAUGGUGGUCAAAAUAAUUUAUUUGAACAAAUAGCAAUUAAAAAACGUCAAAUUGAAAAAGAUUCAUUAUUACGAAUGUUUCAUCUUCGUAAAAUUGAAAUACGACAAAAUUGGAUUACUUUAGGUGAAUCAAUUAAUCGUACAAUGAAUAAAUUAAUUCAACGUGUUAAUGAUAUAAAUGAAUUAGAAAAAAAUAUUAAUGAACAUGAUAUUAAAAUGAGUAUUAUGGAAAAACGUUUAGAUUAUUUUAAAACAACAUUAGAAAGUUCAUCAACAAAUCAUUCAUUAUUUUCAUUACUUGAUAGACGAAAAAAAUUACAAACAAUACGAACAGAUAUGAAUACAGCAAAAGAUUUAGUUUUAACACUUUAUCAAAAUCUUGAAAGUAUUUUAAUUAAUAGUAGUGAAGCACAUGUAGAUUUACAAUCAAAAACAUUUUGUGAUAAACUUCAUGAUUUUGUUGAAAAUGAUAAUAUUUCAAUGAGUACAUCACCUGUUAUUCUUGCUGCAGAUUUUCUUCAAACAGCAGGAAAAUCAACACUUCUUCAUCAGAGUGAACAAUUAGAUGAUGAAUUACGAAAUGCUUUAAAAGUUUAUCGAACAGCACGACAACCAACAAUUACUAGUGUUUUAAAAAAUCUUGUUGAUCUUUGUCAAUAUUUACCUAUUGAUUAUAUUCAAUCAUCAUUAUUAACUAAACUUAAAAAUCAUUUAAAUGAACUUUGUAAUAAUUUUACAACAGAAAAAUGUCAAGAAUUUUUAAAUCAUAUCGACACAUAUUUUCUAAUUGAUGAAAAAUCUCCAUUACGUUUAGAAUUAAUAAAUCGAACAUUAUCAAUUGAUAAUCAAUUUAAUGAAUAUAAUCAAAGUAUAAAUCAAGAAAUAACUAAAACAUCUGAAUUACAAAUAUUUAUUAAUCAAUCAUCUGCAGAUAUUACAAUUUAUAAAAAUUUACUUGAUACAAAACUUCAAAAUUUAGAUAAUAAUGAAUAUACAAAUUAUCGUAAUACAAUUAUAUUUAUGUUAUUUGAUCGAUGGCAACAUUGUCGUCAAAUGAGUGAUACAGCAAGAAAUAUUCUUAAUCAUUCAUCAAUAACAGAUAUCAAUAAUGAUACAUUUAUUAAUGAAAUUUAUACACUUAUUAGUAAUACUUCUUAUCUUGCUUCAAUUAUUCAACAAAAUACUAUAACAAUGUCAUCAAAUUCUUCACUUAUUGAUACUAUAGUCAAAUUAAUUAGCAAUUUAGAAAAUAUCUUUCGAUUAUUAAAGAAUUUAUUAAACAAUUUUGAAUUGACUACAAUUUCAUCUUUAAUUCGUGGUGCUUGUUCAAAACAGACUAGUCUUACAUUAUGUAUGGAUUUAUUAAAUAAUGCUUUCAAACAAAUUCAACCAAUGACAAAUUCAAAUUCAACAACAUCAGUCGAUGAUACAUGUCAAACAGUUUAUCAACAACUUCGUUCUUCGUGGACAACAACAUCAAAUGAAAUAUUCGAUACAUUUUUAAAUUUAUCAAAUUCUUUGGAUGAUCUUGAUAAAGAAUUUAAUAAUAUUUAUAUACUUUUUCAAACAUUGAACGUACCUUCUGUUUGGUUACAAUCGUCAUUAUUUGAUUGGAAACAGACAAAUAUUGAUAAUGAUGUACAUCGACAAUUUUUAAUAAAUUUUUUUGCUAUGAGUAAAAUUGCAACAAUGCGACAAGUUUGUCAAUUAAUUAUUGAUCAUUCACAAACAUUUGAUAAUCUUAAAUCACAAAUAACAAAAGAUAAUGAUCUUAGUAAUAUAAUUAAACAAUUUAUUAUUCUUUAUAUUGUUCAAUAUCUUGUUGAUUUACCUUCUCUUGCAACAAGUUAUUUAAUAUUUUCAUUAAUUCCAUCAUCUCAAACUAUUCUUGAAAAUAACCUUAUUCAAACAGAUAAUCAAUUUCAAGAUUUUAUUAAUAAUAAUUGUUUAAUAACACCAACAAAUCAAUUAACUGAUCUUCAACAAAUUUUAGCACAAAUAAAUGGUAUAUGGCAAAAUUAUAAUAAUGCUGAACACAUAAAAACUUCAUUAGAUAUAUUACAAAUACGUAAACAUACAAAUGAAAUGCAAUUAUUAGCAUAUCGUUGGAAAAAUUUUUAUUUACUUAAUUCAAAGAAUAAAGAUCAACAACGACAAACAAUAUAUGAAGAAUUAACAACGGAUCAAAAUAUAUUAACUAUUAAUGAUAGUAUAUCUACAAUGAUUAUUGAUAAAAUGACUAAUCUUGAACAAACAGUUAUUCAACGAUUACGAUGGGCUGCUGGUGCUAAUCCAUUAGUUCAAGAUGUACUUGAUAAAUUUGAAAUUCGACAAAAAGAACGUACUAAUCAAAUCGAUAAUGAUAAACAACUGUGUUCACAUCUUGUUAAAAUUCUUCAAUCAUGGCUUCUUUUUGAACAAUAUGAAGAACAAAUAAAAUUACAACGAGAUUUAAUUAUACAUGCAAGAACAUUUGCAGAAAAAGGUUUUGAAAUUUGUCAAUUAAAACAUAAUAUUGAAUCAAAUUUUACUAUUGUUGAACAAGCAAUUUUAGAAUUUCCUCCGGUUGAAAAUUUAAAACAAAUAACAUUACAAAAUCUUCCAUCAUUAAUUGAACAAGCAGAAAAUGAAUGUAUGAAACAUAAACGAAGUCGAAUUAAAGAAGAAAGAGAACUUGAAAAUCGUCGUGAUGAAACAAGUCAUUUAAUAAGUGAAUUAAAAGAACAUAUGUCUCAACAUAAUACUAUUUUCAAAGAUAUAUCAUCUGUAUUAAAAAGUUUACUAAAAAUUAUUCCAAAUCAUGCAUUACAAAAUUAUUCAAAUAUUCAUCGUGAAUUUCUUGAAUUAUGUCAUACUGUUGUUAAACAUACACUUCAUAUUGAUACAAAUAGUUCAAUGAAAUAUGAUGUACUUAUAAUAAAAAUGAAACGAAUUCUAACAAUUAAAAUUAAAGUUUUUGAUGAUUUAAUUCAAUUAAAUCCAACUAUUGAUAAUGAAAAUCGUGAAAGAACAAGUUCAUCAACAGUAAAUAAUAGUACACAACAUGAAACUACAGAUAAAACAACAAAAGUUACUGAAGAACGGAAUAAAUAUGCUGUUGAAAUCUGUAAACGAAUUCGUGAUAAACUUGAUGGUUCAGAUCCUGAUCCAUUAAUUCAAAGUUCUAUUAGUGAACAAGUUCGUUAUACUAUUCGUGAAGCAACAGAUAUCGAAAAUUUAGCAACACUUUAUGAAGGAUGGACAUCAUGGGUAUGA